GAGAAACAGACGGACUCCAGUCAGUGAUGCACACAUAACAACAGUGCAUAGUAGCUGCUGGAAAUAGAAUUCUGACUUUAAAAAUAAAGUUUAUAAACGAUGAAAACGAAGACCACUCAGCAGCUCUGAAACAAGCUGGAGAAAAAAAUGUUUUGCCAAGUCCUGAGGAGCCUGGCUUCAGCCUGGUGCUCAGUGUCUUACUUCUUCCUGUCGGAGUGUCCACAAACUGGCCUCCAUCAACUCAACCAAAAACCUCUCCCAAAACAAAGUUGGCGGCAUGCUGUACCCCUUCAGUGUCCUGGAGCCGUACCUGGACAGGUCUGUGGACAGGACGCCGUUCCAGCUCUUCCAUCCCAGUGUGGAGGACAUGGUCAAAGCUGAGAAGAUCUUCUGCUCCUCACCCUCUCACAGGAUUGAGUACUACACUUCUGCAGAGAGGAUGGAGCACGCCCCCACGCUGCAGCAGCCUGAGGUGUGCUUCAUCGGCCGCAGCAACGUUGGCAAAUCUUCUCUGAUCAGAGCGCUGUUCGCCCUGACCCCAGAGGUCAAGGUCAGGGUCUCUAAAACCCCAGGUCACACCAAGAAGAUGAACUUCUACAGAGUGGGCCGAGCCUUCACCAUGGUGGACAUGCCAGGCUAUGGAUACAAGGCCCCCAAAGACUUCGUGGAGAUGGUGACGCCGUACCUGUACACCAGGAAGAAUCUGGUGCGGACGUUCCUGCUGGUGGACGGCGGCGUCGGCCUUCAGGACUCUGACCUGGACGCCAUGGAGAUGUGUGAGGACAUCAGGCAUCCCUACGUGAUAGUGGUGACAAAAAUAGACAAGUGUGGACCUGGAGCUCUGCUGACCAACCUACUGACCCUGCAGAACGUGGUGAAGACCCAGACCAGCUGCUGCUUCCCUCAGCUCUUCCUGGUCAGUUCCCUGCACUUCCAGGGAAUCUACCUGCAGAGAUGUUUCAUGUGUCACCUGACAGGCAGCGUCCGGCUGACCGACACUUGUCAGACGUGACCAGAGGUCAGCCUGGGGUCAGUGACUCUACCCUCCUGUAUGAAUAAACCUUUGAUGUCCU